AUGACUAACAAUAAUGCUUCACAGGAGCUGCAGCAAGAGCGGCAGCAAGAGCAACGGCCACGGCAACAGCAGCGGUCACAGCAACAGCAACAGCUACGGCGGCGACAGGAGCAGGAGGAGCAGCAGAAAGCGUCAAAGAAAGAUGAAAAUAAAGAUGAAAAUAAAGAUCAAAAGAAAAAUCAAAAGAAAGAACAAAACCAAAAAUCAAACUACGAACCAAACGGAGGGCCAAGCAAAGAGCCAAACGAAGAGCAAAAAGUGACGAGAAAGAUCAAGAAGAAGCCUAAAAGCAUAACCAUCGUCGAGUAUGAAAUAAGCUGCGAUGAAAUGGGAAUUAUCCUUCCCCCAAAGCCCUACCUUCCCCGGAUAACAUGUGGAGCCGUCAUGGACAGAAUGCACAUGUACCCCAACUACAUCGACCAACAACACCUCGUCAGCAACUGCGACCCCGAGCCCUGGGAUCUUGUCCAGCAGCUCUCACUUAUGGAUCUUAGCAUGAACUGCAUCCGCGAACUGAGCCAGGCCGCGGCGAGGCUCCGGCGCACGGGAGAGGAGGACGGCAUCUAUGUGGAGAUUGACCCGGACGAGUGGGUCGAGCUCGACACCGACGGGAACGAUGUGGAGCGGGAAGGCGAGGUCGAUCCGGAUGAGGAGGAGUACGUCCUCUUGUAG